CAGCCUUCAAGAAUGUCUCUCACUAACACACGACUCAACACAAACAACCUUAGCACAAACAUCAAACUAGGUAGAGCUUAGUUCCAUUCAAAGUUUCAAACUUUGUGAUAAAAAUUUGAUCUUUGAAGUACCCAAAUUCCCAACAAAGCAGAAAAAUGAAAUUGUAGAACAAGUUUCAUAAAAGAAAAAUGAAAGGGAUAGGUUCUCAUACACUCUUGAUUCCAAAGGGAAAGCCUCCUCUUUCAUUUGCAAUAUUGGAUGCAUUACCAUGUUGUACUUAUCUCUCUAGAACAACCACUUUAUCCCAAUUAAGAUGCAGACAAAAAUUGAGGUUGAGCUUGGCCGGUGGCACAAUUCGAGCGCAAGCAUCAAAUGUUAGUGUUGGACCGGGGGAUUAUGGAAGCAAUAGUGAGAAAGACAGCCAGAAUGUCUCUGAAACAAAUUCUGUCGAUGAUAGUUCGUCUAAAAUUGCAAAACCUAUUCAGAUUCCUUAUCCUGUCUCUAUAGCUUUUGUGCUAUUUGGAUGCGCUCUUGUGUUUUCACUAAUAGCCUUUGUAAAAGGAGGACCUUCAUCAGUUCUAGCAGCAAUUGCAAAAUCAGGAUUCACUGCUGCAUUUACAUUAAUAUUUGUUUCUGAGAUCGGUGACAAGACAUUCUUUAUUGCGGCACUCUUGGCAAUGCAAUAUGAGAAGGGAUUGGUUUUGUUAGGAUCAAUGGGUGCUCUUGCUCUCAUGUCAAUCCUAUCGGUUGUAAUAGGCCGUAUCUUUCAGUCAGUGCCUGCUCAGUUCCAGACAACCUUGCCAAUUGGAGAAUAUGCCGCAGUAACUCUUCUUUUGUUUUUUGGCCUAAAAUCAAUAAAAGACGCAUGGGAUCUUCCUUCAUCUGUGGUUAAAAAUGGUGAUAACAGCACUCCUGAACUUGAUGAACUUGCUUCAGCAGAAGAACUCGUGAAAGAAAAGGUAUCGCAACGGCUUUCAAAUCCACUUGAGAUUGUAUGGAAAUCGUUCAGCCUUGUAUUUUUUGCUGAAUGGGGAGAUCGUUCAAUGCUUGCAACCAUCGCGCUCGCGGCUGCUCAGUCUCCUUGGGGUGUGGCAAGUGGAGCCAUUGCUGGACACUUACUAGCAACCUGUAUUGCCAUUGUUGGAGGAUCACUCCUUGCUAACUACAUUUCUGAAAAACUGGUUGGUUACUUGGGUGGAGGGUUGUUUCUAAUAUUUGCUAUAGCCACCUUUUUUGGAGUUUUCUGAUUUCUGCCAAGCUCUACUAUUUUUUUGUGUGCAAUAUAUCACUAAUGGAAAUAAGGAUACAUAGUCAAAUGUGGAACCAAUGAUGAGUGAACAAAGAAAAAAUAAAUCAUAAUUCAAGUUUGUUGAUUUCCUUGAGUAGACAUUUGGAGCAGAUUAUUGACAUGGAUAGAUAAUAAGAAGCUUGAUAUCUACCAUUAGAGUUAGGCUAUGUGGAGAAAGGUGUGUAAUUGUUUUCUCUUGAGAAUGUGUAAUGUGUUUGCUGUAUUAAUAAAACUAUACAUUGAAGAAUACAUUCAUUUUGUUAGAAAUUAAAACUUGUUUAUUGCACAUUUAUGUGAUGUCACUGGUUAGAAAAUCAAGGAUGUUGGUUUCAAUCCUA